AUGCCACGCCAGAAUCCAGGCGAACCCUAUUCCCGGGUCGAUUCCCCGGAAGCCCUGCAGAUCCUGCAGGCCGACCCGGCAAACACCGUCGUGAUCGACGUCCGCCGCAAUGACGAGUGGGUCACCGGCCACGCCAGCGGCGCCAUCCACAUCAACGUGGACGACCUGGCCGGCCGCAUGGACGAAGUGCCCGAUGACAAGAAGCUGCUGUUCAUCUGCGCCGCCGGCGUCCGCAGCGGCCUGGCCUGCGAGCUGGCCGCCGCCAUGGGCUACGACUCGGAGAUGCUCUUCAACGUCGACGACGGCACGCCCGCGUGGAUCGCCGCCGGCAAUCCCACGUCCUACGGAGACAAUCCGUAA